UUGUAAGGUUAUGGCUUUGAUUUUGUGUUUGCUUCGGUUAGAGUUUCACAAUUGGGUUACGGUUUGGAAUCCAGAUUUUAAGACAGAGUCAGGUUUUCAAAUGAUGGUUUCAAGACAGACAUCUCUAGCUGCGGGAAUGGCAUCCAGAAACGAACUUGGAUGUGGACCAGCGUCGGCAGUUGAACUUGGCUAAGUCCCGGUGGCGCUGUUGCACCCGGCGGAUUAGGCCGGGCUGGUGCCAGUCUCCGUCCCCGCGCCACCCCUUGGCAGCGAGAGGAACCCAAAGGGGGCCCAGGCGCGUGGCCGCCAUCCCCCCGGUUGGCAGGCUAAGGUGAACUAGCUUCUGAUUGAUGGGCACACCUUCAUUCAGCCCAGCGUAGGCCCCGCAUUGCCCCUUUGUUGGCACCGGUGCCCAUCGCGGCGUCUCGCACGUGCCAACUGCAGCUCUGCUGGGGCACAUCAAUUACAAAAGAGAACCUCCGCCCCUCCUUUCCUCCCUGGUGGCUGUGGACUGCAAGCGUGUGGGUCCUCAAUAGGCCAAGCUGUGUGAAGAAGGCUUUUCUGAAUGCCCGUUGCCUCGCAGGUCAAGUUAGGCUUACAAAUUAGGAUUUCAAGACUGGGGUGGGGUCUUAAGCAUUAGGGCUUUAAAUUUGGGUUUCAUGCCACAGCUUUGAGUUGCAAAUAAUUUUAAGGCAGGGUUGUGACUUUAAGCAGGCUUGAAAAUUUGGCUUUCAGGCCUGGGUUUAAGGGUUUAGGCUCUCAAGCAAGUGGUAGGGUUUCAAAUUAUGCUUCAAGACGGGGUUAGGGUUUCAAGCCAGGGUUGGUUUCAAAUGAGUGUCCCGAGACAGGGCUUAUGGGUGGUACGGUGCAGCGUCUGACAGACAGGUCCUAAUGGUUGGUGGCAAAAGCGUCCCCGGAGAGUCGUGAGCGAACGCGUUGGCUGGCGUAGGCUCAGCUGCUCGACUGGGCUCAGGUGCACCCUUCCCAUGUCGUCUCAUCCACUUGCUUAAUUACCUCCCUGGCACCAGAAAAAAAGUACACAUUGUUAAAAGACGGCACUCAUCACCACGGGUCGAUUAACGAGACGCUUCAGGGGUCACGCUGGAGGGAACAAAACGGGGGUGGCCCGUUUGCAGCAGUCGGGUGCCAUCUAGUGGGAGACCAUGUCACUGUUAAUAGUGAGCGCUUUUUGUUUUGAGUAUUACGGUAUCUACGGAAGCCGUCACGGGUCGCUAGGGAGGAAGCGCGAAGCGGACACAAUGGCGGCGGUGCCUGGUGUUGUCAUGCAGCGCAGUCCUGCCACAGAAAAUUCAGUCCCGGUUCCGCCGGCGGCGGGUCAGCUUCACGGAGAACGAGUGAAAACGGAAGAAGUGACGGAAUCGGAGAAGCAGAGUCGCAUGGCUGCCUUGCUGGAGAGGCUUCACGCCAAGCACAACGCGUCCCGCCCGUGGCAGGAGACCAGCAAGGUUGUGCGUCAGGCCAUGGAAAAACGCGGGAUGAUGAACGCUGCCGGUCACCAGCUGCUGCUCACCUGUUUGGAAACCCUGCAGAGGGCGCUCAAAGUCUCAUCUUUACCUUCUAUGACAGAUCGUCUUGAGUCCAUAGCGAGACAAAACCUGCUGGGCUCCCACCUUAGCCCGUCCGGAACCGAGUGCUACAUCACUUCGGAUAUGUUUUACGUGGAGGUGCAACUGGACGGCGCUGGCCAACUUGUGGAUGUCAAAGUUGCCCAUCAAGGAGAGAACCCCACGAGCUGCCCCGAGUUGAUUCAACAUCUAAGAGACAAGAACUUUGAGGAGUUUUCCAAGCAUCUCAAGGGACUGGUCGACCUGUAUAAGCUUCCCGGAGACAAUAAACUGAAAACCAAGAUGUACAUCGCCUUGCAGUCUCUGGAGCUGGAUCUCACCAAGAUGAUGCACAUGUUUCGGUUGGCAACCAACGCCAACGCCGUGGAGACGAUCCUCCACGGCAGCGUGGGCCUGCUGACAGCCAGGAGCGGCGGUCAUCUUGUCACCCUCCAGUGCUACGUGUCGCCUUAUGACAUAUUCGAGGAGGGAACGGGCGUGCACGUCAACCUGGCGGACGCCAACGUGCCACGCUCACUGGGCGUUAGCGUUUCCGUCAGCAUCGAGGGAACGGCCAACACCUACAAGCUCCCCAUUGCGCCGCUCAUCACUGGAUCGCACCCGGUGGACAACAAGGGAACACCUUCCUUUUCCACUGUGACCAACUCCAACUGCGUGGACCUGCCCGCUUGUUUUUUCCUCAAGAUGAAUCAACCCAUGCCAUUCUCACAGUCCUUUAUUCACAGACUGGGCAAUGUUACAGCAAUUCCUGUGUUUGAAAGCACCCCACGCAUGUCUGCACUCUACCAGCUGAUCGUCCAGAGCCAACUUCAGUCCCCGGAGGAUGGGGGCGCCACUCUGCCGCCAUCCCACAACAUGCACUUCUACUCAGUGCUGCCAGACCAGCAGCACUGCUACUUUCUAAACUUCGACGCCCCGGUGCAGGAUGGUCAUUGCCUACAAGGUGCCCUGGUGAGCAAGAUCCCCUUUCGUCACCCGGCUCAGGUGCCCCUCCUGUUGGACAUCAUUCGGCAUCAGGCGGCCUACAACACUUUGAUUGGCAGCUGUGUGAAGCGGACAUCCAUCAAAGAAGACAGCGUCGGCCUGCUGCAGUUUGAGGUUUGCCCCCUGACAGACUCGAGCUUCAGCGUCUCUUUCCAGCAUCCCGUCAAUGAAUCGUUAGUCUGCGUUGUGAUGGAUGUGAUCGACUCCAGACAGGUGUCCUGCAAGCUUUAUAAAGGGCUGUCUGACGCGCUCAUCUGCACCGAUGAUUUCAUUACCAAAGUGGUCCAGAGGUGUAUGUCCAUCCCUGUGACAAUGCGGGCCAUCCGGAGGAAAGCGGAGACCAUCCAGGCAGACACUCCAGCCCUGUCUUUGAUUGCGCAGACGGUGGAGACCAUGGUGAAAAAUAACCCGCCGCCAUCCGGCAGUCCCAGCUACAACAUGCCAGGCGGAGAUGGCACGAACCCUAUGGGGCUCCUGGGACUCACCGGCGGCAGCACACCCACCGGAGGUGGACCGCCCGGCGGCCCUAAUUUUACCGGGCCCAUCACCUCUUUGUUCGGGAUGUCUUGCGGCGAAAGACAAGGAACUGAGUGCCAAGCUCAAGUUGGGCAACAACAGCAGGCGCAGCAACAGCAGCAACAACAACAGCAGCUGCAGCAGCAGGGUCAAAGCCAUACAGAUGACUACAGCAAAGUGACGCAGAAUCCAAUCCUGACCAGUCUUCUGCAGAUAACGGGAAGCGUGGGUUCCAGUCCCAGCUCGCAGAACGCGCCGCCGCCUCACCAGACUCCUCCGCCUCCGACGUCGUCGCCUGCUAGCAACACCAAGAAUCAUCCCAUGCUCAUGAACUUGUUGAAAGACAACCCUUCGCAAGACUUUGCCGCCCUGUACGGUUCCAGUCCACUCGAGAGACAAAAUUCAUCCUCUGGGUCACCUCGUACCGACAGCAUGGGGGCCGCUUGUCCCGGAGGAGGCGUGAAAGGCAAGAAGAAGCGCCCGCGAGUGCCAGAGAAGGGGGGCUUGUUGCCAGGGACUCCCGGUGCAGGGGGAACGGCCGCAGGUGCUUUGGGCAUGAAAUCUCAACAGCCGUCGUCCAUGUCGCACCAUCAGCACCACGCGGUCACGCACGAGGACGAUUUCCAUCGCGAGCUUCUGUCGAUGGAUGUCGACGCUUCUCAAAACUCCAUCUUUGACGUCAAUCUGCCGGGGGACGGCCUGGACACGCCCCACAGCAUCACUCCGGCUCCGAGCCAAUGCGGAACCCCGCCCUCCGGCCCCAGCAUGCCUUAUCCGCCAUCUCAUAUCCAGGCUCAGCCACCGCCAGGCGCGGCGCCUCCCCGCAUGGUGCGUCUCUCCAGCUCCGACAGCAUCGGACCGGAUAUCACGGAAAUUCUGUCAGAUUUGCCUGAGCAAACUGGUAAAGCCGGCAGUGGAGGCCAGCAUCCGAUAGGUGGCGGCGCUGACGAAGCGGGCCCGCUGGGGACCCCCAUUCGCGACUCCUCCAGUUCAGGACAAGGCAGCGCCGUGUUUGACUCGGCAGACAUUUUCAACGCCAACAGCAACGAGAACCCUUUCACGGACGCUGCCGAGCUGAUCGCCGAGGCCGCGGCCACACCCACCAGCGAUUCGUCCUCCAAUAACUUCUUCCCGGAUGCGGCCGACUUCAACCCCGACCUGCUGAAUUCCGGUCACGGCAUCUCCCAGAACUGCUUUGAAGACAGUUCUCCGAGCGCCGACGGAGACAUGGAUUUGGUGAAGGGUUUCGGCGGUAGCAGUCAGCAGAACACACCGUCGGGUACGCCCCAGAAUCCCACGCCGCACGGACAAAACACCCCGGAGCCCUCACUGAAAGACCCUUUUGAUAUGGGAAUGUUUUUCGGGGGCAACAGCGGCACCGGCAAACCACUUCUCGGUCAAGCGCCGGAUUUGGGAGACACUCAUUUCGGAGGCUCCCAGAGCCCCCUCAUGAUGGGCUUGGGGCCGGCAUGCGUCGAUUUCAAAAGCGCAGAAUCCAAAGUCAAGCAACAGAGCCUCAUGCGCCAAAAGGACGAGAAUGGUGGCGGCAGCGGAAGUAGCGGCUCCGGAAUGGGAAGCCUUUCCGCUGAAGGCAAACAGGUGAAACGUAGCAGGACUCCCUCCAGCGAGGGCAAAUCCAAAGAGAAGCAGCCCAAACGUAAAAAGCUGGACCCAGACGGGAAGUCGCCCUCCCACAGUUCAGGCGGACGGCCGUACACGCCACCCAGCGGCGGCUCUGGCUCCGGUGGCAGCUUGAGCGGAGGAGGCUCCAAGUCUCCGGGAAGUUCGGGAUGUUCACAGACGCCACCUGGCGGCGCCACGCCUCCCAUUCCCAAGAUUACCAUUCAGAUCCCGAAGGGGACGAUAACCGGUGGGAAAACCUCCUCCCAUAGCGGCUACACGUCCAGCAGCUCAGCCUUGAGCGGCACUGGCGGAACCGGGGCCACGGGCAACAGCAAAAGCCACCAUUCCCAUUCUUCAUCUGGGAAGAUCAAAUCCAAGGAAGGCUCCAUGGCGCAAGGCAACAGCUCCAAGUCAGGGAGCAGUGCCGGGAUCAGCGGGGGACCGUCCCAUUCUAAGGGUUCUUCUCAGGGAAUGGGGGUCGGUAAGCCGGGCUCGUCCCCAAUCGCCAAACACGGGCUCUCUGGUGCAGGAAGCGGUGCGAGUGGACUGGGGACCGGUAACAAGAUAAAAACUCAAGGCGGUAAGCCUCCUGGGUCGCUUAUGAAUCCCAACAUCAAGCCCAACAUCUCCCCUUCUCAUUCCCGCUCCACCAGCUCUGGUGAAAAGCUGUCUUCGCCCAUGAAAAUCCAGCAGUCCCAGGUGCCGGGAACUCCACCUUCCUCGAAGGCCAAAUCCCCAAUGGGCUCGGGAGCCGGCAGCUCCGGGGUUUCCAAGUCUUCCUCUGGGGGGAGCAGUAUGAGCUCCCAAAAGCCAAUGAGCGGGACGCCCUCAACUUCCACAUCCUCAUCCUCUAGCGCCUCCUCUUCUUCCACUUCCAUGAGCUUCUCUGGAGGCUCCCAGUCCCAGUAUAGUGCAGGGGGUGGUGGAAGUGGCGGGAGCAGCGGAGGCGGCGGCAGUGGGGGAGCAUGCCAGAACAACGCCAACAACCCAAACGCUAAAGGCAAGUCUCCUAGUCGAAACAAGAAACCAUCCCUCACGGCGGUCAUUGACAAACUGAAGAGCGUGGGCGGAGUGGGGGAAGACGGUUGUGAAGUCGGACCGCCCGCGGGCCCGCCUUGUCCCGGGGCCCCGAGCGGCAGCGUUGCUGGAAAUGUGCCCCCUCCAAACAUGCCUCCCAUCAAGCACUCCACAUCCUCCCAAAGUGGAGACUACAAGCGGGAGAGGCCUGAUAAAGAAGGGAAGGCUAAAGUGUCCGUUUCGAGCGGCCCCGGCGGGGAGAAAAAGUUGAUGGACCCCAAAACAGGAGCGGUGAGCGGGACCGGCCUGGCCAAGAUCAUCAUCAGCAAACCCGACGGAGGCUCGCCCAGCAUCAAGGCGAAAGUCACGUUGCAGAAAGGCGGCGGCGAAGGCCCCGGCGACUCCAUGCGGCCGCAGAUCAACAGCCUGAAAGCCUCGCCCCUGUUCAGCGGCUCCACGCCCAAGCACGACCGCUCAUCCCCGAGCCACAGCCGCUCGCCCGGCCACACGCCGCUCAACCACGACAGCGAGAGCGAGUCGGGCAGCAGCUCAGUGGCCGAGAAGUCCCAUCAGAACAGCCCAAGCUCUGACGACGACCAGACGCCGAGACCGCUCCCCGCCCAACAGGACUACAUGAGCGCUGUCCCGCUGGGCUCCGGCGAGAAGCACAAGAAACACAAAAAGGAGAAGAAAAAGCGGGAACGCGAAAGGGAACGGGACAAGGAGAAGAAGAAGUCAUCUAUGACAGGCGGCCCGUCGUCGCACCCCGUAAAGGCAGACGGCUGGUCCCGCUCGCCCAUCUCGGCCUCAGAGUCCUCUUUGUCCAUGCUCGCCUCUGAGCGGCCCUCGCGCUCCAGUCCCAUCUACAUGAGGAACGAAGAUGACGACCUCAUGGACUCGGCGCUCACUGGCAACCUUUAAUGUCACCAUUUGUAAAUAUUUCGUUUUUAUUUGAUGUUCUUUUUAAAGUGAAGCAAUGCUCACAGGUCACUAUUUGUGGAUAUGCAAGAUGUAGGUAUUUCGAAUUUGGGAUGUUUUCUUCCAAGGACCACAAACAGAAAAAUCGAAGAAUGUAAAUAUUUUUAUUUAAUUUUGUAAAAUAAAAAUACCAGAGUAAAAUAAAUGCACCCCAGAAAUACUGUUUGC